AUGCGAACAAAGAGGGUGUACAGGACAUGGAUUUAUACUGUGGUCAUCUCCAUGUUUGAAGCAUGGACUCAAGAUGCAGUCAACAAAGAAGUUGCUUUCAAUCUUGGGACCAACAUUAACCUGACCUGCACUAACAAGACGAGGGCUGACAUCGUAUUUAUAAUCUGGGAGAUUCACUUGAAAACCAAAAACUGUAAGAUCUCCUUUGUAAAUGACGACUCAGGUAUUGACUCUUGCAAAGAUGGAAAAUCUCUCCAGAAGACUUCCACGGGUCAGUUGUAUCUGCACGUCCCAAACCUUUCAGCUGAUGAUGUUGGACUCUACAAGUGUGAGUCGGUUUACAAUGGAGGAAAUGAAAACUACAACAUCAAAGUGGCUGUGACAGCUCCUCCUGUUUUAUCUGCCUGGUUGGAGCGGAAGGGGAACAAAAUACUGGCGCUGUGCAGAGCUGAAAGAGGAACACCAGUUGCCAACUUAAGUUGGAGUUAUGGAGGCAGCUCAGAGCCCGCAGUGAAAACUCAGCUGGACCCAGAUGGAUUUGUAACAGUAGAGAGUCAUCUGGAGCUCCUGGAAGACGUUGGUCCAGAAGAACUGACCUGCAUUGUCCAGCACCUUUUCUGGGAUCAGAAAAAGAUUCUGGUACCGAAAUUCAGAAAAGGUCAGAGAUUUCCAGAAUGA